GCGACAAGAAGGAAAGUUACCGUCAUCUUCACAUCUGACUGCGGAUACUUUGUAGCGAAGAACGGAUCUGAGAUUUUUUUUCUAUUCCUCUUUGGAAAUGAUGGACAUAUUCACUCCAGAUUGAAAAGGCGCACUAUUUAUUAAUUGCUUAUUGAUUGUUAAAAUCAAUUAGAGUUAGAACUUUCACAGUUUUUGCGACUUACACCAGAAAUCUGACACACAUAAUGGCAGAUAACAAGCACCCGCACGUUAUUUUCUGCAACGACUCGCCAAAAAGAGUUUUGGUGUCCGUCAUCAAGACCACCCCGAUUAAACCCAGGAAAGCGGAGGCCCUGACGCCGACAAGCCCCGGUUUCAGCGACUUCAUGGUCUACCCGUGGAAGUGGGGAGAGAACGCCCACAAUGUGACUCUGAGCCCGGGGUCAGUGAGCGGGGCUUCGUCACCUACCGGGACCCAGACGGCCAGGGAAGCGGACACGGCUCCUUCACCUGAUCAGAUCAGGGAUGGUAUCCGCAGAGGGCGUCCACGGGCGGACACUGUCCGAGAGCUCAUAAGCGAGGGGGAGACUUCGUCCAGCCGUAUUCGCUGCAACAUCUGCAACCGAGUGUUUCCCAGAGAGAAGUCUCUUCAGGCUCACAAGAGAACACACACAGGAGAGAGGCCCUAUCUGUGUGAUUACCCAAACUGUGGAAAGGCAUUUGUCCAGAGCGGUCAGCUGAAGACGCACCAGCGGCUGCACACUGGGGAAAAACCCUUUGUCUGCUCGGAGAAAGGAUGUGGCAAUCGCUUCACACAUGCCAACCGUCAUUGUCCCAAGCAUCCUUUCUCCCGUCUGAAGAGAGAGGAACCAAAGGAGGGCCUGGGGAAGGCCCAGUCUGUGGACAACAAGGCUGUGGCAGAGUGGCUCGCAAAGUACUGGCAAACCCGAGAGCAACGUGCCCCUACAACCACCAAGGUUAAGUCACAGGGCAAGGCAAGGGAAGAGGACCAGGAGCAGCAGGAUCCUAUGGAAUUCCUCCAGUCCGAUGAAGAGAAAGGGGAAGAGGAAGAGGCCGCAGAGGAGGAGAAGGGCAGCCAGGGAGGAGGAGCCGCCAAGCGCCGCCUCCAGGAGCAGCGAGAGCGUCUCCACGGGGCUCUGGCACUCAUUGAGCUGGCCAACAACCUGUCUGCCUGAACACCCACCCUCCUCCCUGCCCCCUCAUACCUCCAUUCCCAAUCCGCCUUCCUGUAGUAUGUGCUGUAGCUAGAAACUGCUCAUAAAUGCAGAUCAACGACUAGUUUAGUUAUUCUAUCAAGUUGUGAAGCAAAACUUUGAGAAAGAGCUUAAUUGGCCUGAGACCACGCCGCACAGCAUCAUCCACCCCCCCCCCACACACACACACACACACACAACACACACACACACACACACACACACACACAGCACCAGGAAGGCACAAGCUAAAGCACCUUAUUCAGCUUCCAUUUUAUCCUUUUAGGCUGCUAUAAUUGUAGAUUUGACAAUAUGAAGAAUGUCUUUCUUUCUUUCUGUCUUCUAAAGGCAAAGAAAGAGUACUUGUUGUGUUUUAAGUUGUUUUGUUUGCACUUUGAUGGUAACGAGUUUUUUAAGUAUGUUGUGAGUGUAACAGAGUGUGUAUGACUGAUUUGACUGUAUAUAUGGAUUAAGCUCAGAUGGACAGAAUGAUACAGGGUGUGGUCAGAUAUAGGAAGUGUUAAUUGUCAGGUGGCCUCAUCAUGCUCCCAGGUUUCAUCUCCACCACUGUGUGCACAAUUUCCCUGCCACUAAUGAAAGUUGUGGUGGUAGAAAUGGACUGAGAAAGGUUCAGAUAGUUAUCGCCCCAGCCAUACAGCACACUUCAAACAGUGUGCACAGGUUGGACGAAAGCAGACAAAACACGUCAGGGGAGCUGGAUCAGUCUGACAUGUAACAUGGUCAUUUUUAAUAUGCGAACGAGAGGUGAUCAUUGCAAGCCUAAUCCAGAGGUCUGCUUAAGCACAAGACUUUUAAACUAUCUAGCUUCACCACUGGUCUCAUACUAUACACAUAAUCGUACUGCAUGACAUUACCAGAGGCGCGCAGGAAAAGCUAACUAUACUGCCUUCUGGAUUUAGUUAAGUAUUAUAGCUAACUAAUAUUCUACAUAUUUAAAAAGGUCCAGAGUACUUAACAGCCGUUUUCCUCAUAAAUACAAGAAAAGUGUGUAAAACCUGCAGGCCUAAAGUUGUUUCAACCAUACAGGAGAUUUUUUGUAUUAAUUAUUAUAAUUAUUUUUUUAACAAUGGAUAACGUCAGUCAGCUUUUAUAUUAAAAGAUGGCAGACCAGUUAUGAUAAAGGCAUAGUAUAGUGUGUGGUGCAUCAUCUCAUUUGAAAGGUUAAAUUAUCAGUUAUUUAUGAAAUUUUUUUUUGCCUUCUGGCUCACAUUUUGUUGAACUGGUUGAUAUCACAUCACUUCACAUCAUUUGAUGUGUGAAGAGAAAUCUUCCAGCAUCAACACAAUUAAAAUCAAUUUAGAAUAUGUCACAUACAUUUAGACAUAACAGUGAUUCAUUUUGAUCAAGCACUUACAUUCUCUAUUAAGUCUUGGAUUAAGCUUGCAAUGCACUGAAGGUAAAAUAUUGUCAUACAUGUCCAGGAAAAUGGCACCUGUUUUUUUUUCUCUCCCAUAAACAGAUCUGUGUAGUGCUGGGUGUUUUUUCUUUCUUUUUUUUUUCUUUCAAUAGCAACACUACAUCCUUCAACACUGUAUGAAAUGCCCUGCCUUUAGUUGCUUUGGGGAAACCUGCACCAACAACCUAUCUCUGUCACUCUGGCUGUGAUUUUUGAAUCUGUUUGAUCUACAAAUUAUCCUUGUGGAUUUACAGCGAAACUGGAAGGCAAGUUAAUUGUUGAUAAUCAAAAACACCAAAUGAUUUAUUGUACCCAAUUAUAGUAUAUUUUGAAGCAAUUCUAACCCUUAGUCUAUUUUGAGGUUUGAGAAGAAUAUGGCAUUUAAUAUAUACACAUUGUAUUUGUUAGAAUAUUAAGUGUGCACAAUUUGUGGUGCACUUUGACACUGAAUUUUAGUUUCCCCCUCUGCUAACACCCCCCAACAGUUUUCACUUUUGUGACAUGUAUAGAGUGAUCCUGCUUGCUUGGUAGACAUUUUAUUUCAGUAAGAUUUAUCUGACAGGUUGUCCACACUAUUAUGUAACUGUUGGUUUUCAAUAAACAUUCACUGAACCUGA